ACUAGCUAGGCACUAACCAUGGCGUUACGCAUAUGCAAGUCUGUUUUAAGACAAUGUCUCCGUUAUCCGGUGAUCUCUACUUUGUCCGCGCCCCUUGAAAAUGCGUCAUUACGAGCAGGUUGUUCGCUUCUUCUUCCAGGGUUAAGUGGGAAAACCGUGUUUCGUUUUACUCCCACUUGCUUUAUAACAUCAGAGGCGUUUUUGGACAGACUGGCGAAAGGAAAACCGGCUGGUACACAUGACGGCCCCGGUCAUUAUCCGGUCUCUGUUCCUGCGCAUGGCGCCGAACAGCUGUCCCUUUUACUGAAAGACCCAGAUCAGCCUGCAAAUCCGAAGUCCUUAAAAGUGGCUGUAAUCGGAGCACCAAAUGCCGGGAAGUCAACACUGACUAAUCAGCUCCUUGGCAGGAAGUUAUUUGCCGUAUCCAAAAAAGUUCACACAACGAGGUCGCGUGCCCUUGGUGUGCUUACAGAAGAUGACACCCAAAUUGUUCUGCUGGAUACUCCAGGUCUCACGACUCCCUCCAAAGUUAAGAGACAUCACUUGGAAUCAUCUCUCUUAUUGGAUCCUAUGGAUUCUCUUCAGGAAGCUGACAUGGUGGUGGUAUUAGUGGAUGUGUCAGACAAGUGGACCAGAAGCAGACUGGAUUUCGAGGUGCUGAAAUGUUUGGCUCACAAUCCACGCGUCCCUGCCGUCCUCGUGCUGAAUAAGGUGGACCUCCUGAAAAACAAAACCGCUCUGCUGGACAUCACGUCAGCGCUGACGGAGGGAAUGGUCAACGGACAGAGGCUGAGAGUGCACAGCGCGGUAAAGCCACGCCCCAGACAAGCCCCCGUCAGACAGCCCACCCCGCCCCCCGCGCCCACACAGACCCAGGACACCCCCCCAGGGGGGCAGGCCCGGCGGGCUUUAAGCGGAGAGGAGCUGAUGGAGCUGAAGAAACGACAUGGGUGGCCCCAUUUUAAGGAUGUCUUUAUGCUGUCGGCGGUGGACGGAGAGGACGUGGAGACCCUGAAGAUGUACCUGGUGGUGGCGGCAAAGCCAGGGCCAUGGCAGUAUCACAGUGAUGUGCUGACAGAUCAGACUCCAGAAGACGUCUGUAUCAACACAGUCAGGGAGAAGCUUCUUGAAUACCUCCCUCAAGAAGUACCUUACACAAUGACUCUGCACAUUGAACAGUGGACGGAGACUGAGCAAGGGGAGCUUGAUAUAUCUGUGAAGCUACACGUGAAGAAAGACAGCCACAUGAGGAUGGUGAUUGGCCAGGGAGGUCACAUGGUGGCCAAGAUGGCCAGAGAAGCGGGGAACGACCUUAGUGAUGUGUUCAUGCGAGAAGUGAGGUUGAAAAUCUCCGCUAAACUGAAGCACUGAGAUGGACGUGCGGAGAGGUGGGGGUGAAGCUUCUGUCCGUGAGGCUCUCACUGACGGAGGAGAAGAGAUGGACUGUGUUCUCCUGUCUCCAGCACCUCCACACUAGACCAGAUACUGACCAGCAGUCAUAAAAUCUCCUGUUGAGUUGUUAAGCUGAAACUCUGGACAAAACUGCGACACGUCUUUGUCAAAAAAAAA